ACAUUGCAAAUGGCUGACAUCUGUUUUUGCAAUAACUAAACCUAACCAACCUUGCAUAGGAAUGUUUCUGUAUAGAACAUUUACAGCCAUUCAAAUUUGGUCUAAAAAAUCUCUGCAUAUGGAUUUGGGUCUGCUGUAUGCCAAUGAUGAACCCAUACAGACUGAAGUUUAUGCACAUUGAUUAUGCCACUAAUCAUACUGGUUUGCUCACUUUCUGGUGCUAACAUGGGUUUGUAUGCCUCUAUGCAGUAUUGUCACUGUUCAUUCUUUUAGAGACUGAAAGGCACACUGGCAUAUUUGGAGGGUUAUUUAUGGCAAAGUGCCACUGCAAUAACUUUACUGUAUCAAAAGGCUUAGUGCACUGCUUACAGACAGAGCCAUGAAAAUGAAGUAUUGUGCCUACUAAAGUCAAUCAUUAUAUCUUUACAAUCAGCAUACUUUGCAGAGCCGAGUUGUUAUGUUAUGGAGACUUAUUGCCCCUCUGCAUAAGGGAGCUUUUCAUGCAGACGCUAUAGUUUGUGUUCCUCCAGAGAGGGGCUGAGUUUCACAGUCCCACGAACAGUCCUUGAUUUGUUUCGAGACAUUAGCAGUGGAGGAAUGUUGAGGGGAAAACCUCUUUGAAAUCCAGCUUUCUCUACAAGAACUGAAGUUCAGUGCAUGGCAUUGGAUUUGCACUAUGUACAAAGAUAAAAUGCAAGCAAGAGCAAGAUUUAUGUAUGCAUGUAUGUGUGUGUGUGUGUAUUUAUUUAUUUAAUGUCACCCUUGAUGUGUGUCUGACCACAACCCAAACAAUGCAUGGUCCUUGUAUUUCUAUAGUUUUUGGUAUAAAAUAUAUGCAAGGUCUUUCAGGUGAAAGGCCCCAUUUUGAGUUAUUUGUUGGGGUUAUAUUCAGGGUUAUUUAACAAAUAUGUUUCACAUAAAUAUCAUUUUUGAGCAUUGUAGCUAUUGGGCAGAAUAUGAGCGGGAAAGGGAUUUACCUCAGCACGCCUCAAAAAGACCAGUUUCAGAGAAAUCGUCAGCUUCAUUCAAGCGAAGCCACAGUCCAGCAAGUGCUUUUGUUUGGUUAAGACUGGGUGAGACUGGAGCUCUCCAAUGAAAAUAAAUCUCAAAUUAAUAAUGGCCUGGAGCAGGAGGCCAGACAGUGUGGUGGUGUGUGCUGCAGUCUCCAUUUUUUAGAGGUGCAUGUCUUUCUCAGCGCAUGAGAGGGAAGGACUUGUGAUGGUCUUGUGCAACCAGAGAAGCAUGAUCCCUAUCAGGAUGGCCUCUUGAUUAAUAUAUCUCGAAUGUUUGUCACAAAACUCAUAAUUCAAAUGCCCUCAAGAUCUUUCAACACCAUUAUCACAUAUAAGCCAUAGCUGUAGACUUCAAUAGAUGUAAAUUUCUAGACCUGUUGUCGUUAUGUAAAAGUCAGUUUACCACGUUGUUCCCACACCGUUUUUUUCUUCAUUUUUUAAGUCGAGGAAGCCUCUGGUCUACUCUGCGUUUGUCUUGCUCCAGCACUUUAGGGUUUUUCCAGUAGCUUUGGGCCACUGGCUUCCCACAGGUCGUGGUUGGGAGAAAUGCCUGGCUGUCAAGCUUUAGCGUUGAGCCAGAUGUUCUGUGGCUCCCUACAUAAACCAACAUGCAUCUGUUUAUUGGCCUUCCAAAAUGUUUGUUACCGCUGGACUCAUAAUGACCUGGGCAAGUGCCAUGCAGGAAAAGAGAAUGAUUUUUCUAGGUUUAAUGAUGCACCUCACAAAGAUGUUCACUCCAUAACAAAAAAAAAAAAAAAAAAAAAAAAAAGACAAUUAAUUUAGUUUUGACAUCUUGAGAGUGAUAAACAUAUCUAGGAACAACAUGCUAAAUAUCUAAAUGGUGAAUGUUCAGCUACCAGAGCAUGAUAAAACUGUUGUCAGCAAAGUUCUUGCAAGUUACAUGAUUUAUAUCCAGCACAAACUCUUGACUCGACAUUGCGGUAUAGGCUACUUUGCAUAAAAUUAUUCCUGUGUUCACUAUUUAUCUGAUAUAUUAUUCAACUUCAGGUAAAGAGACGUCUCAUUUAUAAUAAUCGAGAUGGAGACCAUAAAACAUAAUUAUACUGUGAUUAGUGACCCCUCUCUGCCAGAUCUCCGUCUCGUCAUGCGCUCAGAGAUAAUGGUGUUUUAAUUAAAAGAAUGGUGGAGUCUACGUGGCCCCUCUAGGGAAACAUAUGUUUCAGCUAUCAGGUCCCACGCUCUGUGAAAAUUAUGUCCACCCCUCCACUGCAACGUACAUAUACACAUGUCCCAAAACCUUAUAUGAUUAUCCAAAUUCUAACUAGCUAUUACUUAACCAUAAAGUAAUGGUGAAUUGCUAAGGAUGAACCGUUAGCUCCGACUAAAACCCUUCUAAAUUCCUCUUCUUUUGCAAUCUCGCCUUCCUCUAUUUGUCUUAUCUGGAUAUCCUACUCUCUCCACUGGUAUUCAAGAAUGAAGAACACUGAAAUAUAUGUCAACACUGUUUAUUUGAAUUAAAGGAAAGACCCUGACUCGAAAUGGUUAAACAAGGUGUCUCCGUUAAUUACUGUGCAGGCCUCAGGCAGGAGAAGCCUUGACCCCUAGCAUGAUCCAGAUGUGGUGCUCUCAAGGGGGCCUCUCCCCCUCUAGACCCCCAAGUCGCAAACAGAACAAGCCAGCCGGCGCAGACUCAGUCUCGCUCCCCUAGGCAUGGCCCCCAUCGGUCAGGGGGUCUCAGGAUCCGGGGGUCUGGUCACGUUCUGCGCUGGCUUUGUGACUGGAGUUUGCUCGGUAAUAACACGCCGGAACUGGUGAGAGCUAUUUCAGAGUGCACCGAAAAAUUGUAGGGGGUGGAGAUUUACUCUCGCUUUAAGGCUAGAGAGGGAAUUACAAGGACUGUAUAAUAUUACACACAAUAGCACAUAAUAAUUAGGCAAAAAAAUAAAUAAAUAAAUAAAUAAAAAAAAAUGACAGUGUAUUUGACAAUGCAGAAUUUAUGUUAAUACCGUAAUAAAUAAUACUGCGUAAAUAAGUUUUAUUCCUUUACAAGUAAAAUAUGUGUCCGUUAGGAAUGUAGACUAUAAUAGACACAACUGCCCUCAUCGCCCAUGAGGACAUGAAAAAUGUGAGGCCAUAUGCUAUUGAUUUUUGAGAAAUGUUGAACAGGAGAGGUAAGAGCCUCGCUAUAUGGUCCAUACAUCCUCAGAGCGCCACUCUUUCUGGAGAUACAAUUCAUGUGCAUUCAGAGGUGCGCAGGAGAACAGGCGCACACGUGUGGAGCAGACUGACUCGGCGCUGCGGGCUUUGCUUUUAUUAAUGGAUGCCCAUUUCAGGAUUGAAAGAGACUACAGAAUUUUGGAAAGACUUUCCACAUUCUUCACCAUAGGUAUAGAUCCAGCUCGCGUUUUUCCUAAACAGAGGAAUACCAAGCCUAAUAUUAUGGUAUUGAAUUCGCCGAUUCAUUAGAUGUGUAUAUUAGGUCUAAUACACUGCAAGGCUCUAACCGUUUGUAUUAAUGUAAAAAAUAAAAUAAAAAAAAAUGUGUUGCCUAAAUCGGCUAUUAGUGACGUUUUACUCAUAAAUCCGUUUGAGUCAUUAGCCUAUGUUAAUUAUUAUUAUUAUUACUAUUAUUAUUAUUAUUAUUAUUAUUAUUUUAUUUGUCUAGUUUGUUAUUUGACUUUUCUUAUUGUUUUGCAUUACUGUAAACAUCCAAGUCAAAUUGAAAAUUGCUUUCAAAAUGUGUAUUAUACCUAAGUUCGAUGCGUUAAUGUAAUGUUUCUACCAAACAUAAGCCUAUGUGAAGAGCUAGCAGGCAUUCUGUAAAUAUUUCCAGGCAAAACUUGCACAAAGGAAAGAAACACUAUUGUUUUGGUGUCUUAUCUCCUCGGGACAAGUAUCCUGCUUUUGGGUGCCGUAAUGAAGGAAGGGCCAGUGACACACACACACACACACGCACACACGCACACACACCACACACACACACACACACACACACACACACACACACACACGCACGGCUUCCUUCUCAAGCGCAGUGACUUCACUUCCCAAAUUUAGAGGGAAAAAACCAUCCGGCGAAACUGUCUAUGUCUCUCCGCCACAGAUCGAGGGCUGGAAUUAAUUCAGACGCGUGUCAUGUUUGGAAUAUUGUCGGGCUCCACUGAAAAUUGCGCAAAAUGGAUGGAACUAUUAAGGAGGCACUGUCAGUGGUGAGUGAAGACCAGUCUCUGUUUGAGCCUCCUUACGCUGCUGCUGCACCCUUACCCAAGACAGACAUGACUGCGUCUGGUGCGCAGGAUUACGGCCAACCACACAAGAUCAACCCUAUUCCUCCUCAGCAGGAGUGGAUCAACCAACCUGUCCGAGUUAAUGUCAAACGAGAAUAUGACCACAUCAAUGGAUCCAGCCGAGAGUCCCCAGUGGACUGUAGUGUGGGUAAAUGCAAUAAGAUGGUGGGUGGGACCGACACAUCUCAGAUGAACUAUACUGGCUACAUGGAUGAGAAGAAUGCACCACCCCCAAACAUGACAACCAACGAGAGGAGAGUUAUUGUCCCUGCAGACCCAUCUCUCUGGUCUCCAGAACACGUGCGUCAAUGGUUAGACUGGGCCAUUAAGGAGUAUGGUCUUCAGGAGAUCGACACAGCUAUGUUCCAUAACACAGAUGGAAAAGAACUUUGCAAAAUGAGCAAAGAGGACUUCUUGAGACUUACCAGCGUGUAUAACGCGGAGGUUCUGCUCUCACAUCUCAAUUACCUCAGGGAAAGCAGCUCAUCAAUAUCUUACAACACACCAUCUCAUACUGACCAGUCUCCUCGCCUGGCUGCCAAGGAAGAUGCAUCUUAUGAUGCUGUACGGAGGGCAGGCUGGUCAAACAUGCACAGUGGAAAAGGCUCUCCGACAGUGGUCUCUCAGAACGUGUCCAAGAGCACUGAGCAGGCUCGGCCUCAGCCAGACCCUUACCAGAUAUUGGGACCCACUAGCAGUCGACUCGCCAAUCCAGGCUGGAGUUUUGGGGGUUACUAUUCUGGUGAAGAUUGGUGCUUAGGUUCAGGUCAGAUCCAGCUUUGGCAGUUCUUGCUAGAACUUCUCUCUGACUGUGCCAAUGCUGGCUGCAUUACCUGGGAGGGGACCAAUGGAGAGUUCAAGAUGACCGAUCCCGACGAAGUAGCGCGUCGCUGGGGGGAACGCAAGAGCAAGCCCAACAUGAACUAUGACAAACUAAGCCGUGCCCUUCGCUACUACUACGACAAAAACAUCAUGACCAAAGUACACGGCAAACGUUAUGCCUAUAAGUUUGACUUCCAUGGCAUUGCUCAGGCAUUGCAGCCCCACCCAACCGAGUCUACCAUGUACAAGUACCCAACCGACCUGCCAUAUGUACCUAGCUACCACGCCCACCAGCAGAAGGUCAACUUUGUUUCACCACAUCCACCCUCCAUGCCCGUCACAUCCUCCAAUUUCUUUGGCCACACCUCCCCAUACUGGAGCUCUCCAACAGGGGGGAUUUAUCCUAAUCCGAGCGUUCCACGUCAUUCCAAUUCUCAUGUGCCUUCCCACCUAGGCAGUUACUACUAAUGCCCUUCACCUCUCACCCUGCUCCACACAUGCCAAAACUUGAACUGCACUUGGAGGGAAGACAAAGGGACCUGGAUAAGGAAGAAAAGGAAGCUGGAAAGGGAAAUAUUUUUUUUUUUCUUUGGAGAGGCCAGAGAAAAUUUGUACAAUGAAGGAAAUGUUGGAAGAAGCUGGAGAGAUAGAGAAAGUAAGCAGAGAGAAGAAAAAAAAAGACCAAAAAAUGGCUGAUCCUCUUCAAAAUGGAGUACUACUUAUUCAAAGGACAAGUGGCGUCUUGUUUGAUGUUUGUUUUGGAGAGUGUGUGUGUUUCAAAAUGUCCUUAUGCCUUUCUACACCCAAAAGCUGCACCGAUGGGCGAAAGUCCCCUUCUACAAAUUAAAGACCACAGUUAUUAAAUCGGUGAAUGACCGAAGUAAAAAAAAAAAAAAAAAAAAGAAAAAAA